CCAAAGGAAAGCGACAGUGCUAUAAGCGCCAUCGCCGCAAGUAUAACAUAAUUUUCCGUAAACUAGUACAAUUAUCAAAUAUGGGUGGCAAGUACAAGAUUGUAAUGGUUCGCCACGGCGAGUCCGAGUGGAACCAGAAAAAUCAAUUCUGCGGCUGGUAUGAUGCCAAUCUGAGCGAUAAGGGCAAGGAGGAGGCUCUAGCUGCUGGCAAGGCCGUUAAGAACGCUGGCCUUGAAUUCGAUGUGGCCCACACGUCGGUGCUGACCCGCGCACAGGUCACUUUGGCCAGCAUUCUGCAGGCCAGCGGCCACAAGGAGAUCCCCAUCUACAAGACCUGGCGCCUGAAUGAGCGUCACUAUGGUGGUUUGACCGGCCUGAACAAGGCUGAAACCGCCGCCAAAUAUGGCGAGGCUCAGGUGCAAAUCUGGCGUCGCAGCUUCGACACCCCGCCACCACCGAUGGAGCCCGGCCAUCCCUACUACGACACCAUUGUCAAGGAUCCGCGUUACGCCGAUGGACCCAAGCCCGAGGAGUUCCCCAUGUUCGAGUCACUGAAGCUGACCAUCGAGCGCACACUGCCAUACUGGAACGAUGUCAUCAUUCCACAGAUGAAGGAGGGCAAGCGCAUCCUGAUUGCAGCCCACGGCAACAGUCUGCGCGGCAUUGUCAAGCAUUUAGAUAAUCUGUCUGAGGAUGCCAUCAUGGCCCUGAACUUGCCCACUGGCAUACCGUUUGUCUACGAGCUGGACGAGAACUUCAAGCCCGUCGUGUCCAUGCAGUUCCUUGGCGACGAGGAGACAGUCAAGAAGGCCAUCGAAGCUGUUGCUGCCCAGGGCAAGGCCAAGUAAACGCUAAUCUCUAUCUCAAAAUAAACAAGCACAAUUGCUAGACAUUGUUAAGUUCGGCUAGACGCUGGACUCAUCCUCCCGUUUGUUGUUGUGGUUCUUGUAGCACGAAUCCGGUUCAUCCCCACUCCCAAGUACAGUUAAUAAAUAAUUUAUUAUAACA